AUGGCCGAAUGCGACGCUGCUGGGCGGCAGUGCAGAUUCCUGGACUGCGCAAUCCAAUGCGAAGAUCCAACCGGUGAACCCAGCAAUAACAAAAACCUUCAGCAGCAGCGGCGGCUGCGGCAUGGGGAAUGCCCGGGGGCAGGGGAGGAGGUGGCAGCAGCAGUGGCGCCAAACCCAGUGUACCUGUGUGACUACCCGCGCAUUGUGAUGCGCGUGCACCUGGACUCAGACUUCUGCCUGCAGCCCUGGGGGGACAGCCCCACCCGCCGCUCCUUCUUCGAUGCCAUGCUCGCAGGAUGCAUCCCCGUGGUCUUCUCCGAUUGGUCGGUGCAACGGCAGUUCCCUUGGCACUUGCCGGUGCAUGAAGUGGAGCGGAUCGGGUUUGACGUCGGGGCUUCUGGGGAUGCUGUGUCUGUGUCAUCGUCCCGCUCUCGCUCGUCCCACUCUCCCCGCAACGUGCCUUUCUACGUCUUCAUUCCAGCCGAAGCCAUUUUGAACGGCUCUGCCAACCUGGCUGCCCUUCUCUCCUCUUUUCCUCCUUAUAAAGUGACUCGCAUGAGGCACAGAAUCAUGCAGCUGCUGCCUCGGCUGCUGUACAGGCGAACGGGGGAGGAGGAUGGGGUGCCGGCGCCCCAAGUAAAACGACGUCGUUGCCGCUCCCUCCCAUCCCGCCAUCGCCCCUCCCUCCUUCCCAGCCGCCGUCGCUGCUCCCUCCCAUCCCGCCGCCGCCUCUCCUUCCCUCUCCGCCGUCGCCUCUUCCUCCUCCCCGCCGUCGCCUCUCCUUCCCUCCCCGCCGUCGCCUCUCCCUCAUCUCCGCCGUCGGCUCUCCCUCCUCCCCGCCGUCGCCUCUCCUUCCCUCCCCGCCGUCGCCUCUCCCUCAUCUCCGCCGUCGCCUCUCCCUCAUCUCCGCCGUCGCCUCUCCCUCCUCCCCGCCGUCGCCUCUCCUUCCCUCCCCGCCGUCGCCUCUCCCUCAUCUCCGCCGUCGCCUCUCACUCCUCCCCGCCGUCGCCUCUCCUCCUCCCCGCCGUCGCCUCUCCCUCCCCCCCGCCGUCGCCUCUCCCUCCUCCCUGCCGUCGCCUCUGGCGACACGUGCACGAGCGCAAGCGCGAGUUGGUGCGCGAGGGCGGGUCGGUGCGCGAGCUCGGGUGGGUGCGCGAGCGCUGUUUGGUGCGCGAGCGCGGGUUGGUGCGCCAACGAGGGUUGUUUUCUGAGGCAUUCUAA